AUGAAUACUAGCUUAAGAGAGAGCUUUCUCUUGCUUUCUUUUUCUCUUCUUUUCUUCUCUUUCUUCUCUAGCCUAUAUCACUAUUACCAAGCAGUUGCUGCUGGUAUGCAGUCUUCUUCUCCUCUCUCUUGUGACUCAUCUCUGCUUUUCUUUCUCAGGAGGACCCCCAUCUCUUCUUUUACAGAUGAGAUUGAGCCUUCAAGUAUUAUUAUUCUCUCUUCUUCUUCUUCACUAGUUGUCAUUACUCUUUCUGUGCCAGCUCAAGCUGUUGUUAUUGUUAUUUCCUCUGCACCAGCAGAAUUUAGGCAUAAGCUUUGUCUGUCUGCAAAAGAGCAUGGUGUUAUAAUUCAAACCAGUUGA